CACCGAUUUCCUGUGGGGGAUUCGUGGAGGGCGUGCCGUGGGGGGUUCUCGAGGCUCUUGUAGUUACGUGUUGGAGAUGUAAUGGGUUGGUACUACUACGUUGUGUGAGUUCUUCGACUUGUUCUAUCCAGGUUUGCGGCGGCGCGAGGAGGGGGAUAGAGGCGGAAUCUGCUUUUCGGUGGCGGUGGUUUUGCUGCAAUGGCGGGCGACAUGGAUGCAAGCGGCGAUUUCUACUCGGUGCUGGGUUUGAAGAAGGAGUGCUCCGAGGCGGAGCUCAGGAAUGCGUACAAGAAGCUCGCUUUGAAGUGGCAUCCCGAUAAGUGCUCGGCGUCGGGUAAUGAGAUUCGCAUGAAGGAAGCGAAGCAGCAGUUCCAGGAGAUCCAGAAAGCCUACUCUGUUCUCUCCGACUCCAACAAGAGAUUUCUGUACGAUGUUGGAGCCUACGACAAAGACGACGACAAAGACGAAGAGGGGAUGGUGGAGUUUCUUGGGGAGAUGGCGCAAAUGAUGAGGCAAACCAAACGCUGUGGGAGCGGCCAGGAGAGCUUCGAGCAGCUGCAGCAGAUGUUCGUGGAGAUGUUCCACGACGAUCUGGACGCGGGAUUCUGCGGCCACUCCUCGGCCACCUCGGGCGCGGCGUCCUGCGGCAACAAACGGGACAACUCGGCGAUGGACUCGGGCAAGCGGAAGCCGGACGAGUUGGACCCGGCCGCCAUUGGGUUCUGCCUCGGGACAAAGGAUGCAGGGCAAUCCUCAAAAGGAAGAGGCAGCAACAGCAAGAGAAGGAACAGAAGAAAGCAAAAGGCAUCAUCCAAGCAUGACAAUUCAUCUCACAAUGCUAAGGUCUCAGCUUAGAGUUCUAGAAUUGCACCUGUAUUUAUUUCACUCUUCUGAGUGUUUCAGGUAAAACUUCCUACCCUGCAGUUCUUCAACCUUGCACUGUAGAAAAUGAUUACUAGUAGUAGUGGUAGGCUGGUAGACUGGAACUUGUAAUUGUAGGAUGGUCGGCAUGGUCCUCUGCUCAAUUUCAUGUACUUCUUUUAUUCAAAUAAAUUUCUCGAUUGAAGACUUAUCAAAUGCUUCUUUACCAAGUUAAAUUAUAAUUCAGCUAGGUUAGGAUGACAAUGACCACCAUAUAUUAAGUUUUGCUACUAAAGGAUUUGAAUCCAUUUGGUGACACACAGAAGAAACAGGCAUUUAUUCAAUGAAACCAAACCCAUAAGCAGACUUAUCAUAGUAACUUUACAAUAGUAAAGCAACACUAAGCCACAAGAAACUUGUAAGAGACAUCUAUUUGGACAAAUUUGGGAAAAAAGUUGAACAGGAUGUGCUGAAAGCAAAUUAUAUACUGAAAGGUAAACCAAUGUGGACAGGUGCAUUCACAUAGCUAACUUAUCAAAGAUUUAAAGAACUCAGGACUUGUAGGUUGGCCUAAUACAAACCCCUAAAAGUACAUGAACAAAAUAGAAGAAAGAAGGGGAGGGAACAAGAAUACUAUUAUGUCCAGAUUCAAGGUUCUUGCAUUGACAAUUCCAAAUAAAUGCAGUGUCUAAGCUUGUAAGUGGUUGCAAUCCAACUUAGUGGUUCCCAAAAGGCAACAAGGGAAGCUUUUUCCCCUGUUGACAGGACAAGAGGUAUCAGAUACUCGAGUUGAGAGACAUUGUUCUUUUGCAUAUACAACUAAAUCGAAGAGAUGAUCCAGGUAAGAUAAAAGAAAGACAAUAAGGACCCAAGGGAAGUAACUGAGCCUCUGUCCCUUGCAGAUAUGUGCCUGUAGGUCUAUAAGUUUCCUGUAGUGCAGAGAUGCUAUUAAAUGAGACUAGAGCAAGUGGCACAGUUUAAAAGAUCUAAGCUGUUUCACUUUUCUGACUUGAUGUCCCUUUACAAGGUCUACCUUGUAGACAUACCAAGAUAGAGAAUAAGCAUUAGAGCAAUUCUACAUAGAGUGCAUGAAUCAAUGCACUUAUUUGUUUUUUUUUUGUUUUUUUUUUUCUGUUUGUUGGUAUUAUCUAUAUUUCUUGUCUAUUUUUAACACCAAAAAAUUGGUAAGCAUGUGGGUGUAUAUGUGGGUAUGUGUGUGUUCUUAUUUACACUUGGGAUUUCGGCUCGCUUAAUUUUUUUUUAUAGGAAGUUUUCUCUCUCUCUCUCUCUCUCUCUCUCUCUCUCUCUCUCUCUCAGCUUUGUUUUCUGCUUUUAUUUGCUAUUAUUAUCUUGCUUCAUUACUUCAGAGGGCUUCCUCUUGUCGUGGUCUAUAUUAAUUUGUUGCAUUCUCUUGGAUUUUCCAUAAGGAAGUAGCUAGAUUAGAGGGGUAACUAAGAUCUCUGGCCCUCAAGUAAUUGGGACAUUAUGGGUCAUUGUUGUUGUUGUUGUUGUAUUUCUUCUAAUAGAAACCUCUGGUUAAAUAUGUUACAGUUGACAUAAAAUAUUUUGUUGUCGUUUGUUAAGAAAAUAUGCAAAUCGGGAAUCCAUAAGAAAUAAAGGAACUCUUUUUCCUCUUUGGGUUGCAUCCCUUAUUUGAUUUGGCUUCGAGUGAUGAUCUCAAAAAAAAAAAAAAAAAAAGAA